UCUGGAUGCGACGGCAGCAGCAUUGCACCACUAACUGCCAUCUACUGGGCUGGCUUCUCUCUAUAGCAAAUACUAACUGCCAUCUACAGGGCUGGCUUCUCUCUAUAGCAAAUACUAACUGCCAUCUACAGGGCUGGCUUCUCUCUAUAGCAAAUACUAACUGCCAUGCCUAUGGGGCUGUCUCUUCUCUAAAGCAAAUACUAACUGCCAUCUACGGGGCUGGCUUCUCUCUAUAGCAAAUACUAACUGCCAUCUACAGGGCUGGCUUCUCCCUAUAGCAAAUAGUAACUGCCAUGCCUACGGGGCUGCCUCUUCUCUAAAGCAAAUACUAACUGCCAUGCCUACGGGGCUGUCUCUUCUCUAAAGCAAACAUCCAAGGGCAUCGGACUCACUCGCAUCUGCUACAUCCCACCCAGGGAACGAGACCGCUAAGCUCGGAUCGGGGAGCGGAGGGAGCGAUGCUGCAGCAGGUUCCCCCCGUCGGAGAUGCAGUGCUGAGAUGACGAAGAGACCGCCGACUGUCUCGCAACAGGGAAAUUGAAGGUCUCAGCCCAUCCUACUGGAAUAAACUGUUGAAUGCCCCCAAAAUGUGCAGCCUCUGCCCCCCAAUGAGAUGUGCCGUUUGGAACAUGGAGCGGCCGGUGAUGAUGAUGAUGAUGAUGAUAAAGAUGGGCUCUCGCUAAUGCAGUUGAUAUUUGAUCAAGCAGCUCUGCAGUCUCCUUGCUUAUAAUAACCCCCCCCCCGGACCUGUGUGGCCCCUACCCAGAGACCCAGAUAAGCUAGUAAGGCUUACACACACAGACAGGUCGGAGUACGGUGGAAGAAAAUGCCAUCCAUUCUGGUGGCCUCCAAGAUGAAGUCGGGGCUACCCAAACCCAUCCACAGCGCCGCCCCCAUCCUGCACGUCCCGGCCCGGACCAUCCCGCAGCCCUGUUACAUUAAAUUGGGCAACAGGGCGGAAGUGUCCAAGCAUGCCUUCCCCAGCCAGACCCCACUCAAGCCCCAGCCCGCCUACGACUCCUCGGGGGACGGACAUCUCAUUAUGAAGAGCCAUUCUACGGAAGGCGGGUUCGAUACCCAGAUCUACACCGACUGGGCAAACCACUACCUGGCAAAGUCUGGGCACAAGCGGCUCAUUAAGGAUCUGCAGCAAGAUGUGACGGACGGGGUGCUGCUGGCCGAGAUCAUCCAGGUUGUGGCGAAUGAGAAGAUCGAAGACAUUAAUGGCUGCCCCAAGAACCGGUCUCAAAUGAUUGAGAACAUAGACACGUGCCUGAGUUUCCUGGCAGCCAAAGGGAUAAACAUACAAGGAUUGUCGUCGGAAGAGAUCCGCAAUGGGAAUCUGAAGGCCAUACUCGGCCUCUUCUUCAGCCUCUCGCGCUACAAACAGCAACAGUCGCAGAAGCAGCCGCAGCAGUAUCAGCCUGCACCCCAACUGUACCAGCCCCCCAGCACCCCCCAUGCACAGCCCCACCCGGCCGCCCCCCUACAGUGCCAACAACCGCAGCAACCUCCCCACCCACAGACUAAAGCACAAGCAGAUAUGCACUCCAGCUCAUCUUCCAAAGGUCCAUCUGACAUCAAAAUCCUCAGGUUCUCUCUGGGGCAGAGAAAGCAAUCUCGACUCCCUGCCCCGAGCGCGCGGGCGAUGGCUGCCGGCACUGAGAACAAAUCCCGGGGGCAGACUGGCGGCAGCCGGCGCAGCCAGAGCUUUAACAACCAUGAAAAGGCAAAGCCCCUGAAUUCCCCAGCAACUGUGAAUGAUAAAGGCCCAGCAGAGAACCCGGUCUCCCAGCAAUCAGGAAUGAGUGAGAAUGGCUUCCCUACUCUGUGCAACCCCGGGGUCCCCCCCUGCCCCAACUCCUCGGCCAUCCCCCAGCCCAACUCCACCAACAAGCCGUGGCGGAGCAAAUCUCUCAGCGCCAAGCACACAGCAACGUCUUCCAUAUUGUCCGUUAAACAGGCGGCGCCGGACUGUCCAAAGCAACCGACAGAACCUCCCAAGCCAGCUCCCAAUAAUCAGAAAUCCAUGCUGGAAAAACUCAAGCUCUUCAAUAGCAAAGGGGUCUCCAAGGCUGCCGGGACCUCCCCAGAAGGCACUAGCUGCGAGAGGCUGGACUCUAUCCCCAGCUUCGAGGGGGCCGAAGAGAUGGACGUGGCCACACGCAACGGCAACAACGCCAACCUGGCUUCCAACAGCCCCAAAAUAGCACUGAAGGGCAUCGCUCAGAGGACGCUAGGACGGGCACUCACCAACAAGAAGAGCUCCCCGAAGGGUGCAGAGAAAGAGAAGGACAAACAAAAAGAGAAGGAGAAAACGAAAGAGGCCUCCAAACGAGUGUCCGUGACCGAGACAAAGGAGGAGCCGAGAGAUGAACAAACGGCCGCCGCCGGGGAAAUCCCAAAAAAGUCCUCCAAGAUAGCCAGCUUUAUCCCCAAAGGCGGCAAGCUCGGCAACGCCAAGAAAGAGGCCUCCGUCCCGCCGCCUCAUAGUGGCAUACCCAAACCAGGGAUCAAAAACACCCCAGGGAAAGCCUCAAGUGCCCCCCCAGCAAAGGAAGGAGAGAGGAGCCGGAAGAGCGGCUCGGGACUGUCUCUGCACAAAGCCCAGCUGGACAACCGCCACUCCAGCUCCAGCUCCAGCUUGGCCUCCUCCGAGGGGAAAGGUGGGGGAUGUGCGCCCGCUGGCGGCCAACCCGGCUCUGGCACCCAUGGCCCCCUGCAGUCUACGGGAAGUGGCACCGUCAGUGUUCAGCUACCUCAGCCUCAGCAACAGUACACCCACCCCAACACCGCCACCGUCGCUCCCUUCAUGUACAGGUCGCAGGCAGAUCCUGAGGGGGGCGUCUCGGUGGAGACCAGUUCAGGAGGAAUAAAUAUGGACUCUGCGCUCUACAAUAAAACAGGGCCACCGUGUUUGGAAGAUCUUUCUGGGGAAGAUCCGGAAACGCGACGGUUACGAACAGUGAAGAACAUCGCCGAUCUCCGGCAGAACCUGGAGGAGACGAUGUCCAGCCUACGAGGCACCCAGAUCACACACAGCACCUUGGAAACCACUUUCGACAGCAACGUGACUACUGAAAUCAGCGGUCGCGGAAUCCUCGGUUUGACGGCCCGGCCAACCCCUCUCUCGUGGAGACUCGGACAGUCCAGCCCCCGUCUGCAGGCAGGCGAUGCCCCGUCCUUGGGCAAUGGGUACCCGCCGAGGGCCAACGCCAGUCGCUUUAUUAACUGUGAGCCCGGGAGAUACGUGUAUUCGGCGCCGCUCAGGAAGCAGCUGGCCUCCCGGGGAGGGAACAUUGGCCACAUGGACGUCUCUGACAAAGGGGGGGACGUGAUGGAUAUCGAGGGGGUCAGUAUCGACGCUGGGGGUUACAUGAGCGACGGCGACGUCCUGAGCAAAAACAUCAGGAGCGACGACAUCACCAGCGGGUACAUGACAGAUGGAGGCCUGGGUCUCUACACUCGAAGACUGAACCGGCUCCCAGAUGGGAUGGCGGCAGUACGGGAAACGCUGCAGCGCAAUGCCUCCGCGGGCCAAGGGGACGCUGACAGUUGGGACGACAGCAGUUCCGUGAGCAGCGGCAUCAGCGACACCAUUGACAAUCUCAGCACGGAUGAUAUAAACACCAGCUCGUCCAUCAGCUCCUACGCCAACACGCCGGCGUCGUCACGCAAAAACCUGGACGUGCAGACGGAUACAGAGAAACACUUGCACAUUGACCGGAAUUCUCUGUGGUCGGGGGAUGAAGUGAAAAGGUCGGACGGGGGCUCAGACAGUGGCAUGAAAAUGGAUUCUGGGAGCAAAUGGAGGAAGAACCCUUCGGACCUAUCAGAUGAGUCGGAUAAAAGCACCUCGGGAAGGAAGACGACAGUUAUCUCUCAGACAGGAUCAUGGAGGAGAGGGAUGACCGCUCAGGUUGGAAUAACUGCCCCAAGGACUAAGCCCUCGGCAGCGGGUCUGAAAGCCCCAGGGACAGGGAAAACAGAUGAUGCAAAAGCGUCAGAAAAAGGCAGACUUUCCCCCAAAGCCGCUCACAUCAAACGUUCCCCGUCGGACGCCGGCCGCAGCAGCGGGGACGAAGCCAAGAAGCCCCCCAAUACCUCCAGGGCAAUACCCACCAACACGUUUGGGUUUAAGAAGCAGGGGGGGACAGUGGUGGGCAUCCCUAUAGUUACAGCCAGCGGCGCCACCAUCACCAGCGGUUCCGCCACCCUCGGGAAAAUGCCAAAGUCUUCUGGGCUCAUCGGCAGGUCCAACCGCAAGGCGAAUGCGGACGGUUCCCAGAACCAGGACGACGGGUACCUGCAAAUAAACAGCAGGACCAACCUCCAGUACCGCAGCCUGCCCAGGCCCAGCAAAUCACGGAGCGGAACCGGUAACAGGUCAAGUACCAGCAGCAUUGACUCCAACAUCAGCAGCAAGUCGGCCGGACUGCCCAUCCCCAAGCUGAGAGAGCCCGGCAAGGUGACGCUUGGUCACUCCGUGCCAGGACUGGUCAACCAGACGGACAAAGAGAAAGGGAUUUCCUCUGACAACGAGAGCGUGGCCUCCUGUAACUCCAUUAAAAUGACCCCGGCAUCCCAGGCAGCCUGCAAUGGCAGCCGCCAACAACAAGGCAACAAGUACCCCGACGUGUCAUCCCCCACACUGCGCAGGCUCUUUGGUGGGAAGCCCAACAAAUCUCUCACCACUGAAAAUAUGAAAAACUCCAUGGUCAUUUCCAACCCCCAUGCCACGAUGAACUCCCAGGCCAACCCAGACUCUCCCUCUGGCAGCGCCAUCCUGAGUAGCGGUGGCAGCAGCCCCCUGUAUGUCAAGUCAAUGGACCAUUCCCCUCUAGCCUCCAGCCCAGGCUCCGCCCACUCGGCACCAUCCAACAGCCUGACCUGGGGGACGACGGCAAGCAGCUCCUCGGCUGUCAGUAAGGAAGGGUUCCAGUCAGUCAGCAGCCUCCAUACCAGCUGUGAAUCCAUCGAUAUCUCACUCAGCAGCAAUAAUUCCCCCGGUGCACUGACCGCUUCCUCCAGGGAAGACACAAUGGCUCCCUUUGUAAGGACCAACAGCAUUAAGACUACUUUGUCGGAGAGCCCUCUCUCCUCUCCUGGUGCUAGCCCCAAAUUCAGCAGAAACACUUUGCCCCGGAAGCAGGACAGUUCUUAUCUCCUCUCUCAUCGUUGCCGCAGCGACCUCUGCCUUGAUAGGAACACUUUGCCUAAGAAAGGACUCAGGUGCGCCCCCUCCUGUCAGAUCCGGAGCCAGGAUGAGGCCAAAGAAUGGCUGCGCUCUCACUCCUCGGGGGGGCUGCAAGAUACCGCCAAUAACUCGCCCUUCUCCCCCGGCGCCAGCAUCACCUCGCCCUCUGGCACCAGGUUCAACUUCUCUCAGCUCGCAAGUCCAACAGGGACCUCCCAGAUGUGUUUGUCCAACCAGACGAUGUUGCGCGCACACAGUCUCUCCAACGCCGACGGCUGCGGGGACCCCUACGGCGAGAGCCGCUUCCGCAACAGCUCCAUGUCGCUGGACGAGAAGAGCCGAACCAUGAGUCGCUCCGGAUCCUUCCGCGAUGGCUUUGAGGAAGUGCACGGAUCCUCCUUGUCUCUGGUUUCCAGCACCUCCUCGGUGUACUCGACUCCGGAAGAGAAGUGCCAAUCAGAGAUCCGCAAGCUACGGAGAGAGCUGGAUGCCUCCCAGGAGAAGGUGUCUGCCCUCACUACCCAGCUUAGUGCCAAUGCUCACUUGGUUGCGGCCUUCGAGCAGAGCCUGAGUAACAUGACCAUCCGACUGCAGAGCCUGACCAUGUCCGCCGAGCAGAAGGACUCGGAGCUGAACGAGUUACGGAAAACCAUAGAUAUGUUAAAGAAACAGAACGCUGCAGCCCAGGCUGCUAUCAAUGGCGUGAUCAACACCCCGGAGCUGGGCUGUAAAGCAGGCAACGGGACCUCGCAGCCCCCCGACCUGCGCAUCAGAAGGCAACACUCCUCGGACAGCGUGUCCAGCAUAAACAGCGCCACGAGCCACUCCAGCGUGGGCAGCAACGUGGACAGUGAUUCCAAGAAGAAGAAAAGGAAAAACUGGGUUAAUGAGCUGCGCAGCUCCUUCAAACAAGCCUUCGGCAAGAAGAAGUCCCCCAAAUCCGCCUCCUCUCAUUCUGAUAUCGAGGAGAUGACUGACUCCUCCCUCCCGUCGUCGCCCAAGUUGCCUCACAAUGGCUCCGCCCUGUCCACCCCGCGGCUGAGAGGGUCCCACUCCAGCUCUCUGAUUUCUGAGUUCACGGAGAAUGAGGCAGAAAGCGUCAUGCAGCUACGGAAUGAGCUGAGGGACAAAGAGAUGAAACUGACGGACAUCCGCCUGGAGGCUCUGAGCUCCGCCCACCAACUCGACCAACUGAGAGAGUCCAUGAACCGCAUGCAGUCGGAGAUUGAGAAGCUGAAAUCGGAAAACGACCGACUGAAGGCGGAAAAUAACGGCAAGUGCAGCCGGACCCAAUCCCAGGUCUCCCUGUCGUCCUGCUCCCCCAGGCAGUCCAUGGGGCCCUCCCAGCUCAGCCUCAGCCUGACCGAGUCCUCCAGCCUUGAUAUGCUGCUGGAUGAUGCCGCCGCCGAUGGCACCAUGAGAAAGGAAAGCCGCCAUGUUAGGAUCGUUGUUAACCUGUCGGAGGAAAUGAAGUGGCGAGAAGACGCCAGACCUCGGCUUUUCCUGAUUGGCUGCAUCGGUGUGGGCGGUAAAACUAAAUGGGACGUCCUGGAUGGGGUAGUAAAGAGACUGUUCAAGGAGUACAUCAUCCACGUCGACCCAGUCACCCAGCUGGGCCUCAACUCCGACAGUGUCCUCGGCUACAGCAUCGGUGACAUCAAGCGCGUCGGGAACGCCGAGACCCCCGAACUGCUGCCUUGUGGGUAUCUGGUCGGGGAGAACAACACCAUUUGUGUCACUGUGAGAGGCCUGGCUCAGAGCAGUCUGGAUUGCCUGGUGUUUGAGACGCUGACCCCCAAGCCCAUAUUACAGCGCUACAUCUCACUGUUAAUGGAGCACAGGAGAAUUAUCCUGUCUGGACCCAGCGGCACCGGCAAGACCUACCUGGCCAAUCGGCUUGCGGAGUACCUGGUUCAGUGGGAGGGGCGGGAGCUGGCCGAGGGGGUCAUUGCUACCUUCAAUGUAGAUCAUAAAUCCAGCAAGGAGCUGCGCCAGUACCUGUCCAACCUGGCCGACCAGUGCAGCAACGAGAACAGCUCGGCCGACACCCCCCUGGUCAUUAUACUGGACAACCUGCACCAUGUCGGCUCCCUGGGAGAGAUCUUCAACGGCCUCCUGAACUGCAAAUAUCAGAAAUGCCCGUAUAUCAUCGGCACCAUGAACCAAGCCACGUCCUCCACUCCUAACCUGCAGCUGCACCAUAACUUCAGGUGGGUGCUGUGCGCCAAUCACACGGAGCCGGUGAAGGGCUUCCUCGGCCGCUACCUCAGGAGGAAACUCAUAGAAACGGAGAUCAACUCCCGGACGAGAAACCCAGAACUGGUGAAAAUCAUCGACUGGAUCCCCAAGGUCUGGCAGCACCUCAAUAAAUUCCUGGAGACGCACAGCUCGUCCGACGUGACCAUCGGCCCACGGUUGUUCCUCUCCUGCCCAAUAGAUGUGGAUGGUUCCAGGGUCUGGUUUACUGAUCUGUGGAAUUAUUCCAUUAUUCCCUACCUCCUAGAGGCCGUCAGAGAGGGACUGCAGCUUUACGGCAGAAGAGCCCCCUGGGAAGACCCCGCCCGAUGGGUGAUGGAAACCUACCCCUGGACGGCCGUCCCCCAGCAGCACGAAUGGCCGCCGUUGCUCCAGCUGAGGCCUGAGGAUGUCGGUUUUGAUGGCUACUCGGUGCCCAGAGAGGGGACGUCCAGCAAACAGGCUGCGCCCAGCGAUGCGGAAGGGGACCCCUUGAUGAACAUGCUGAUGCGACUGCAGGAAGCCGCCAACUAUUCCAGCCCCCAGAGCUACGACAGCGACUCCAACAGCAACAGUCACCAAGACGACCUGGACACGUCCCUGGAGUCCACGCUGUGACGCCCCGCCCUCUCGGCCUCCGGAGGGGGAGGGGCUUGCUAGCUGCCUAAAUAAGACACUUUAUUAGAAGACUUUUUAGACUGACUGUGGGCGCUGGACGCCCCCGCGAAUGAUCUUUGUUUUUAUUGGACGAGCUGCACUAUUUCCGAUGUUUCCUUGCAAUAGGCCGUCAUGUCCGGAACACUGAAUCUAUUUGAUCUGUAUAUUGGGGACUGUACCACGCAGGAACGGGGGUGGGCGAUACCAUUGCCUAUGCUGCUUAUAACCAAACACACAGAUACGGGGUGCCGGGCGCGCCCCAACUUCACAGAGUAACCUCAGCCGCCGGGGGUGAGACGGUCCCAUGGUGCUCGCUUUCCUUGUGGUGCUGGGGGGGCGGGACCAGCUGCCGCCAUGACACACAAGUCACUGCCCUAUGGCGGCCGCUUUCUGUUUAUCGACGACGUUUUCUUUACAGAUUCCAGUGGGGUUCGGCGACACCUCUCCGUAUGUGAAACAAAUACAAUGCCAGAGGGGAUGCUGGGAUUUGUAGUUCGGCAAUACCAGGUGUGUGGGUGGAGAGCACCAACUGCCUUGGGGCUUUGGAUCGGCGCUUCCCAGAACUCCACUGGGCUGAUCCAAAACACAGGCGCUGGUUUUCUUAUGUCACAGCCUAGGUCAUCCAUGGCAGCCAAUCAGCCGCUAGCAUUUACUGCUCUGCUCUUCGUAAGCACACGUCUGAUUGGCCGCUAAGGAUGGACUGGCCAUUUGGACUUAGGACUUGACCCCAUUUUAAAGGCACAGUGUCCAUGGUCUCGCCACUUGCGCUGGGCAGUAGCUCCGCCCCAUUCCACUUGCACUGUGCGCUCCAUUCGGGCCGCCGGCACCGGUACCUCAGGUAAGAAACGAGACCCCUCUCCUGGUGCUGAUUCUAUUAAUGAUGCCUUAUUGUUAUUGCUACAGCGCCCCCCCCUGGGGUUCUUGGGAUCGGCCCCCCCACAGCCAAGGAGUACACCCCUGGGCAGUAUGGUGCAGAUUAUGGGGGGGCAUUGCUUAAAUUUGGGUAUCGGGCACCUUUUAUAUCAUGAAAUACCUCAUUGGUUGUGCCCAGCUCCAAUCACUGGUCAGUAACGUCUCAAUCCCUGGGGCCCGAGCACCGACUUUAGGGGGGGUAUUUGUGGGCUGCCAUUGGGGCAGUAGCACCCAGGAGUAUAAAGGCUUCCUAUUGGUGCCCUACAAACAGGCUCGGCGUAGCUGUGGGAGCUGCCAUACCGGGUCCUGCUGGGAUCAAAAAUAACUAAUAAGCAAUUUGGUGAAAUCCGGCCACACACAGACAGAUCAGCCUGCGGGACAAUCAGUUAUAUCAGUAUAAACGUAUGAACAGAACUGGGAGCCCAUUGCCUGUGGCUGCUGUACAGAGCAUUCAUCCCCAGCAGAAGGGGAGGGGCUACACACUGGGAGGGGAGGGGCUACUUCUAAUCCCUGGAACUGCGCUCCAACGGGGAGUGUACGGCGCCACUAUGCAACUUUCCAUUACUGGCCCUUUAAGCUAGCCAUUAGUGGGGGGCUGCCAACAAACCUCUGACCCUAAGUGUCAUUUUGCCUCCCAGUGACUCAGUAAGUUAUAAGGGGCACAGACUCAUUUUGGGGUCACCUCCGUAGUGACACAAACGCACCCCAACUGCAGCGGCUGCUUAUAGACCCCCCCACUAAGGUGCUACUGCUCUACUGCCCCCCCCCCCCGCAGUGACUUGGCCUUGGUACAACCCAUUGCCCCCGAGACAGCAGGACCCUCAGUGUUGGGUGGGGAGACCCUGUAGCACCAAUAGGGACUGGGUACCCCCACUUCAACCCAUUGUACCCCAGUUAGAUGCCGGGGCUCCCUAUUGGGCUAACGUGGCUCUGGCCAUUGGCCGCCGGGCUACCAUACCUCCUGACCGGAUUCUAUGCAACUCUUUCCUUAUGGUACAUAGAGACCCCCGACCUGCCCCCCCCCAGUCUGAUUCAGGAAUAUCAACUUGCGGUGCUUUGGCUGCAUUUCCCAGCAUGCACUGCGGCUAGGCGCUGGGACAUGUAGUUGUACAAGAGCUGGGGGGGGGGCCACACUGGAUAUCUGUGCUCUGGUUUAUUCCCUUUGUCCUGUACAUUUGGACCCAAGGCCUGUGUAUCGGAUCCGUUUCCCCCCCGUGGAUACAAAGUGUCGUUGGUCAGAACCAGCGGUGCAUUUCUCUCCCUGUAACAUAAACUGUAAAUAUCUGAUCCAACUGCUGCAUUUUGAUGACAUUUUCUAAGCCUUUUGUAAAAAAAAAAGAAUCAGGAGGCGAGUGAAGCCCCGCCCCCCACCUUCCCUCCUCCUGAUCUUAUUUUCUAUUGGUUCUUUGGAUCCGCGCACGGUCCGCUCAGAUCAUGUCUCGUGCUAAUAACGAUGAUUGUACCGGUCUUAAAUUAUUACCCAGGAAAUAAACUGAUGCUUAUUUAUUCAGA